UGGUACUGACGUCAAAGCCUACAUGUGGCGGAGUAUUGUUUUGACAUACUGUUUAUGUGAUGUGGGUUUUCUCGCGACUUUCGUGACAGUUUGAAUACUGAAUAUUUUAUUUAAACUCCAGAGCGAAUCUGGUUUUCUUUGACAGGUCACUAUCUACGCUUCCACCAAAAACUGCAGAGAGCAAUUCACACUUCAACAACAUGUUACGUUAAAGAUUAUUAUCAGAACUGUGGUAAGACGUGUGUGUCAACAUGGAUGAACGGAAAUGUUUCCGGAAGUCGUAAAAUGUUUUUUUUUUUUUUUAGAAACCGGAAAGUGUAGAAACGGGCGGGAUAAGAGAUGACUGUUUGCGACCUAUAUUAGCAUACAAGUUUCUCCAGUCCAGUCCUGGGGAUCCUGCACAUUUGCAAGGUUUCCUUGCUACCAACACACAUAACCCAACUCAUGACUGAUAUGAGAAACCUGAUUAGCUGAAUCUAGUGUCUUUAGGAGUUAGGAAGGCAUAAACUAUGCAGAACCCAUGUGUUAGACCUCAGUUGAUGUGUGUAUGGAAGUGUUGCUUCAUGAAUUUGUAACUAGUGUCUUGUUGCAUUUGCAGAAGUUUCAUCACUAGAUCUUGAAGGUCUUCGGCUCACUAGCAUAGAACCGUUACUGCGGAGAUAACACAGUCCAGAUGCAGUGCCUAGAACACCCUGUGGAGAAACUGCGCUCAGUUCUCCUCUCCACUCGUAAGGAUCUCAUCGAGGCGUAUGAGCAGUACAGCAGAGAGGAAAAGUGUUUUCUUGAUGCGGGUCUCCUCCCUGGCAGUUUGCUUUUCACUGCCAUCACCGUUCACUCUGAUUCUGACUGGAUUUCUGCCCACCCCGAAGCUCCUCAGGACUUUCAGAGCUUCUACAGCAACCCAUACCGCAGCACACCCGACACUGGCCACAAGACCAUUUAUAUUCAAACAAUUGGAUCCUUUGGGGAUGGAGCUGGGAUCACUGAGCAGUAUGUGGAGUGGCUGAGGGAGUACUGUGAGGCAUUUUACAACGGCCUGACAGUCAAACUCCUACCAGCAGUGACUGUUGCAGCCAGCAGCUGCACAUUUCGUGUCAACAGCAACACAAAUAACCUGCAGCUUCAUGCUGGAGACCUAUUGGCGUUUUUGAAACAGAGGAAGCCAAAAGAUGCAUUUUGCAUUGUUGGGAUCACCAUGAUUGAUUUGUACCCAAAAGACUCCUGGAAUUUUGUCUUUGGUCAAGCAUCUCUCACUGAAGGAAUGGGGGUUUUCAGCUUUGCUAGGUAUGAUGAUGACUUCUACAAAAGGAGUUAUGCUGGGCGGCUGAAGAAGGCGAUAAAACUGAAGCCAGGGGAUUACAGUGUUUUCCAGGGCUACUACACACCUCCCAUUAGCAGCAUUCUGCUUCUCCGUUCGUGUAAGACUCUGACUCAUGAGAUUGGGCACAUAUUUGGUAUCAAGCACUGCCAGUGGCUCCAGUGUGUUAUGCAAGGCUCCAACCAUUUAGAGGAAUCAGAUCGUCGUCCACUAGACCUUUGUCCCAUCUGCCUCAGGAAACUACAGUGUGCCAUUCGCUUCAAGAUUGCAGACAGGCUUUGCUACAGUGGAUAGACAAUGGAACUGGAAAUUCUGACCAACAGUCAGGCAAACCCACACUAGCUUUCCAAGACUUCAGACAGUGGUUAAUUAAGUGUUUGAGCAUACUGGCAGAUGAAUCAAUUUAAGUCUUUUACAUGUUAGUAAGGACGAUAAGCAGAAAUGAUAUUUAAUAUAUGGUAGAUAUGUUGUUUAUAGAGACAAGAUUGCAUUAUUCUUCUGUGUAGAAACUUUAAUGUAAAUAACAGAUGUUGAAUUACAAUAUUUACUACAAAAAUUGCUUUUAAAUGUAUGACACUUUUGACUUAGAUUUGUCUGAAACAUUAUUUUAAAUAAAAAAAUUCUAAAAAAAAAAGUGUCUUUGUGUGAAAAACAUAUUUCUAUUCCAGACACAUAAACAUCAUACUGUGUGAAUGUACAACCCCAAUUCCAAAAAAGUUGGGAUGCUGAGUAAAUGUAAAUUAAAAACAGAAUGCAAUGAUUUGCAAAUCUCAUAAACCCAUAUGUUAUUCACAGUAGAACAUAGAAAAUGUAUCAAAUGUUUAAACUGAGGAAAUGUACCAUUUUAAGGAAAAAAUAAGGUAAUUUUGAAUUUGAUGGCCGGCAACACGUCUCAAAAAAGUUGGGUUAGGGGCAACAAAAGGCUGGAAAAGUGUUAUUUAAAAAACUGCUGGAGGAAAAUUUUGCAACUAAUUAGGUUAAUUGACAACAUGUCAGUAACAUGAUUGGGUAUUAAAAAGAGAAUCUUAGAGAGGCAGAUUCUCUCAGAAGUAAAGAUGGGAUGGAAUCUGGAUCGUUUUUAUUUACAUUUUACACAGCGUCCCAACUUUUUUGGAAUUGGGGUUGUACACUAUUUCCAAACAUACAAAAUCAAGGUCUAGUAACAGUAUAGUUAUAUAAUAAUUGUAUAAGGUAUAGUACUUCUAGUACAGUUGGAAUGAUGAAUUAAACUGUUCCUGUAGUUUUCACAACUUUGAUCAAUCAUUGUAAAAGUAUUGCAUUAGAUUCAAAUGCAAUGACCCUCACAUUCUUAUUGUCACACUGUACUUGAAUAUUUAAAGACAUUCACAGUUGAGUUCAUAUUACUGACCAUGAAAAAACAGUCGUACACUAUGUAUUGACUUUAGAUUAUCAUGAGCACAAAGAGCACUGACACUAGUGUGUUGACCUGAAUUUACCUAAAGUUAGAUUUAGAAGCAACAUAUUUAAUUGGAAGAGAAAGAAAGAAAAUUGGUCCAAAAUCAUGAGGUUAAAGGCAGAGUACAACAGUCUCAUACUCAAGCUACUACUACCAUAAAUAUUCCAAAUUGAAGGCACAUUGUGAUUGUUCGAUAGGUUUAAGGGUAGAUAACCUUGUUUUGUUUUGUUUUUUUGGUCUGUAAUUAUUGGUUUUGAAUACAAGUGACGAAUCAGAUUUACCUCAGUUUGGCCUCAAUGUAACAUGCUCAGAC